UUUUUCAGCCCGUUUUGGGAUUUCAGUUGAUGGUACGGACCACAGCUGGCUCCAUGUGAUCUACAAUCCCGACACCCUGUUUAAACGUUUAGAAAGGUAAAUAAUCGUGUAUAUCUUGCUCAUAUGAAAGCCAAAGUCAAAUGUUUCCAAAACCAUAUAGCGUGCGAGGCAUAUUUGCGUUUAGACUCACUCAAGGCAAAAUGAUGGGACGUGGUCUCUGUUUGAGUAUGAUAUGUUGGAUAAAAGAAUAAAGACAAGACACCAAUGUCAAGUUCAAUAGCCUUGUUUAAGCAUUGUACAAAUCCCUACACACGGAGUCCGGGGAACAGCCCAGCUCGUCGAUUACCUAUCAACCAGAUUCAGUAACAGUCUCCACUGUCAUGUAAUGUAAUUGGAGUCAUGACAAGGGAAACUGACAAACCAAUUUCAUGUGACUAUUACUAUUUUUCAGAAUGAAAAUUAUUCGACGACGAUGGCAAUUUGUGGCAUUUCCAAAGUACAUGCAUUUACCAAUAAAUCAAGUUGCCUUAUCCUUUGGCGCAUAUUGAAUGUGUUAGAAUUUGUGGAGUCAUUGGAACGUCAAUGUGCUGCUGACUUUUCCAUGGCUCAUAAUCGGGGCCAUCUAGUAAAGACGCUCUACUGAAGGGAAAACCGCUUAUGUCCUCGGUGCAUAAUGGCAUUUCAACAACUCUCCAUAUUUCCCAGUCUGCACAGACACACAGAACUUACUGUCUGCCACUAGGGCAGUACAGUACAUCAGAUAAUAUCCUCUGGGAUUUGUCACAUUGCUCUAUUUACUCAUGGGCAUUCUUGAUCCUAUUAAAAAGCACUGUGCAGAAAAAUGCAGCCUGACCACAUUCUGAACAUAGUUAUGAUCGGCGUUACUGUAUGUGUACAUGUUCACCUGUAUCUGCCAUCUACCAGUUUGUAGACAUGCCAAAAGAACUGAACAUAUUUACUGUGGAAGAUUACUUAACUUGUAGCCUGGGGUGGGGUGAGAAGAGGUCUGUUUUUGUGUGUGAUAACACUAUUUCUGAUGUCUAGGUCUCUUGACAUCUCACCAAAGCAUGCCAUUUUUUUUUAUUUUUAGGAGGAUAAAUAUUAUGUGUGGCGGGGUAGAAAGCGAAGCUUGUUUCCUGAGAAGUGGGCUUGCCUAACAAUGGCCAUCUUGGCACAGUCGGUGGUUCGCAGUCAAAGCAACAUCUGGGGGAGGCUGUAGGAUAUGGAGAGAAUGGCAGAGAAAAGAGAAAGGGGGGAGAAAGUGCCUAACAAUGGCUGGGGCCGUACAGCUCACACAAUGUGCCAAGAGGAGAGUGGUGUUUUUGGGACAUUCUUAAGACAAUGGGAGAGCUAUGUCCAGCUGGUGACACUUAACCUCUGUUAGACAGUCCAUUGUUUGGGUCUCAUUGGCUCUUAUGUAGUGUCUAGUUGUAACACAAGUCUGGUCAAGUCAAUGCUAUGAAUUCUAGAACUUGCAAUCAAAACGUUGACUCCAACUGUACUCGAUUCAAAGAGAAAGUGGGAAAUACAACUAGGAAAAGGACUGAAGACCACGACACCUGUGCCACAUCUACCACUAACCCCCCCUUGACCCCUUCAAAACCCACCCUCCUAUCCACUAUGUCUCUCAAUACCUUCCACCUGAUGGAGACCCUCAAGAAAUCCCCGGCUGCUUUACGCCGCCGUUUCCGCCGCGACCGCACAGAGUCCCUCUCCCACGGUGAUCCGCUAUUCAAGGUCCACUACCUGGGCACUGAGAAAAUCUUCUCCCUGGAUCGAGAGCAGGCCCAGGAUGCCAUAGCCCGUCUGCUCGACGGGGCCGCAAAUGGAAAGAAGCUGAGCAAAGACCACGCGUUGGUUGUUCGUCCACGCUAUGUCGAAGUCAAAGAGCUCAGCACAGGACGCCAGCUCACUAAGACGUACCUCCAGGACAUCGCCUACUGCGCGGCCGACGCCACCAGACCCAACGUGUUUCUGUACAUCUGUAAGCAGCGUGGGCAACAGCUGCAGUGCCGGGUGUUCUGGUGCAGCCGGGCAGAGCGGGCACGGGACAUGACGGCCUGUCUGGCACACUCCUUCCAGAGGGCACUGAGUGACUGGCAGGGGGAUGGCGGAAGUACCGGCACACUGACCCCAGAAAAGGUUGGGGUGAAGGAGGGAGAGGAUAUGCCCACCACCCCUAAUAGCUCCAAAAACUCCAUGCUAACGGCUAGCUUAAGACGAGUCCGUUGGAAGAAGAGGAGGUCCCUGUCUCGCAGUCCACUGAGUGCCAUGAUCAGGAAGAGAUCCACCUCAGACAUCUGGCACUGAGACAACCGAUCCCCAGCAUGACACUAAACUGAUGACACCCACAGAGACUAGUUACAGCACGUAGGGAGGGAGGGAAGAGACGAGGGAUUGAAAGAACCCACCACUACUGGACUCAACAGGACUGAAGGGUGAGAGAAGGAGAUUAGUGCUGGACUUUCUUUUAAAUGGGACAUUGCCUUAGUAAGUCUACAGUACAGUUCAUGACUGAAAUUAACAUUUAGCCUACAAACCGGGACAGUUAAUGACUAGCUGCCUUGGAAGACCUGGGAACAAGGCAUUGGGUUGAUGGUGUGGUACUGUAAGCUGUUUCCAGCAUUCACCUCCGUUGCCUUGUGACUUGCUUUCACUGUUGGAAAGCUUCAAUGCUAAACUGCUAAUAUCCAUUGCCAUUCCAAGGCACUUGUUUUCUAGUGGCCUUGCUACUCUAAACUGCCAGUUAUGCUUUUGAAGAAAGGAGCACAUGGUCUUGUGUGCCUUUUUAACUAGGUAAGGAUAUGACCAAAUGUAUCCCCAAACCACAAUCUUCUCUCAAUGCAAUGCUGGGUAUGGGCUGGAAUGGUUGAAACUGGUUACAGUCAUAGCAAUGAUGGUUGUUUUUUUAUAGUUUAAAAAAAAUGUAUUUCAAUUAAGUUUUUGUUGUUAGCUUAUGGAUCAUCAGCCUGUACCUUUUUUUUUUUUUUUUUUUUUUUUUUAAAGGGGCGAGGAACUUUGUUUGCGCUGACCCUGCAAUGUGAGCUCUGUGUUGGUCUUGAGAGGUGUUACAAAGUGUGUGUGAGGAUUCAUGGGGCAUAAAGGGUUAAUUUGAGCCGACCAUAGAAGAACAUCUGCUGAGUUGUCGUAGGUACACAGUAGGCUGUGUUUAUAGGCAGAACUGUAAUUAAGGCAAUAAGACAUGAGAACCCAGGGUUUAUUGUGUGAAUAACUCACGACUAAGACCCAACAUGGAGGAUCAGGGAAACGGCCAUUAGGAGGAUGUUAUUCACGCUAAUUCCUGGGGCCUGAUUGCUUUUAUAAAACGGUUACCAAUUUUUUUUUUUUUAAGAUGUGUUUUCAUUCAAUGUUAUUUUAAUGAGUAAAUUUGUUUUAUUUCUUCCUUACACCAUGACGAUCUAGCCUGAGCAAAAGCCAGUUGUUAGUUCUGAAAUAAUGAAGUAGCUAGCCAAAUGAGCUGGUCAUCCAAAAAAGGUUGCCAUGCAGGCUAGCUACUUUUCCUUUGCUAGUUAGCUAACUAAAGCUGACACUAUCACAUCAAGCAGCUGAAAUGAUGGCAAACUAUGUGCAUUUUAGUUUGUUUUACCUUUGUUUCUAUUGCCAUUUCUUUUGACAUAUCCAUUGUUAUGACCCUUUAUAAAUAAAUUUUCCUGACUAAGAGAAGCUGUCAGUCUUGUCACUCGCAAGUAUAACCUGCAACAUCGUUGCACAAGUCGGGGGCAAGCAGCAAGGUUUAGACAAACCCAAACUGUUGCAAACCAAAUGCUAGCCUAGUAGUGUGGGGAAAUAAUGUUUUAACACUAUUUACAGGAGAGAUGAAGUUUAUAAAUUGCCUGGCUGGGCUGUGGAAUUCAAAUGGAACUGUUAAAGGGAAAAUCAAAUGAUGAUGAUGAUGUGGCCAGUCAUUGACAGUGCAUUUUAGUCCAAGACUAUGCUAACUGUCUUCACAAAUCUUCUGAAUUUGAAUGAGCCUCACGGCUUAUGUAUACUAUAGAUGCGAUAUCAACCUACUUAUUCACACUAAAUCCUCCCUUACAGGCGUUAGUGUUUGCUAGAACAUUUUUUUUUUCUCAUAAUGAUGAACCAGUUAGAUGUAUAUUAUUAGCAGUUUAUUUGGAAAAAUCACUCAUCUGUGAUCCUCCUCAAUCCUCACUAUUCCGGUGUGUGCAAAGUAGUGAUGUUUUUGUCACACAUACCGGAUAGGUGUAGUGAAAUGUGUUCCCCGGGUCAGAUAUAGUAGUUCAGCAGCCCUGGAGAAAAUGAGGUGUAAGUGUCUAGUUCAAGGGCACAUCGACAGAUUUUUCACCUUGGUGGCUCAGGUAUUCAAACCAGCGACCUUUCACUUACUGGCCCAACGCUCUAACCGCUAGGCUACCUCUGUUCCUCUGCGGGGCAGGAACGUUGGUUUGAACUGUUUGGGAACUUGCUCCUGCAUUCCAUUGGGGACAUUAGAGUUCACAAAUCCUCAUUGGCCCCGCCCCCAACCUCUCCUCUCUGUCUGGCCUAACCUACUGUAACCUCAUGACUUUGCAUGUUUCAUAGCAUUAGUGUUAGUGUGGCCCCAAGCUCAAAUACCUGUUUCUCUUACACGCGCUCUCUUGCCCCUCACACACUUCCCCAUGCCACAUCAGCUUAUUCCAUACAUUAAAGACAUCUAUACUCAGGCAACCAUUAUGAAAAGGUCACAUUACAUCCCAGCUUAAUUUCUCCACAUGAUACUACAGUAUGCAGUAUUGUAUAAUUUAGUUUCAUGACAGCUGACUGGUGUUUUGUGUAGAGUUUACACAGGAGACUGCUUGUCUACGAAUGGGGUGGUAUGGGGGCUAUUCUACAGUUGAGUCCCUACCUAUCCUCGGGCCAACCCCCCACACAUUACACCUUACCAUUUUAGUGACAAAUAAGCAAAAGGUUAGCGAUGGCUAUCUGCAUGUUUUACAGUAAAAGGUGCCUCUGUUUUAAAAUUUUAUUUGACUUGACAGGUUAUGCCAUUGAUGUCAAUGGAUGUUUAACCAUUUAUUUUAAAUGAUUAUGUAUUCUGAUGUAUCUCAAACUACACUCCAAAGAUGAGGUUGUGCCAUUUGUAAGUGCAUGCUUUAAGGUCUGGUUUUAUGUUGCAUAUUUAAAUAUGUAUUCUAUGGAAUAAACUUUUAUACAAUG